AUGGCGCAGUUGAUGGGUGUGGCACGGCAAUGCGCUGCAGUGGCACGGAGACGAAACGUUGCAGCAACACCUUUGAGAUGGCCACACCAGGCAGACGGCGCACGUUGCAAUGCCAGUGAGGCCAGCUUUCCAAAUGCCGCUGCCGAGCGUUGGGAGGCUGCACGAAGGCAAUGGCUUUCGGCCAAUCGUUCUUCGACCGUUGGCGGAACACCUGCUUCAAUCACUUCCUGGUCCAUGCAGCUUCCUCACUGCCAUCGUGUUGGCUCUCCGCGACGCCGCUUUCGCACAGAAAGCGUGAGCGAAAGCUCCUUGUCGCGUCUAUUCAAGGGCGACCAGAUGACGGCGGUCUUCCCUGAUCCGACGUCGCGGCUGGUUGAGGCGGAGCUUCGGAUUCCUCUGCGCCUGGUGGUGGCUGCUGCAGAGCGUCGUUGGACAAUGGUUUGGAAGGUGUGCUACUGUGCUGGGUUCGACUUCGACAAUGGUGCUGCUGAUGGAGGUGUAGUCAAUGUGUGCUCCAAUGCCGUCGCGCACUUGAAAGCCUCCAUCUUCUUCGUAAAGUCUGCACCUGCGGAUUGUGGCGUCGCGGGAUUCGUGUUUGUCUUGAUUUGUUUCCACUUCCACUGUUUGACUCUGCAGCCUUACUACGAUCCAGAUGCAGGCCGAUUUCUGCCGCAGGCAGUGACCACUCUGGAUGGUGCCAAGGUGUUGGGGGGACACCUGGGGCCGGCCAACUGUGUGGGGCCUUCAACUUGCAAUGACCUGCCGGAGGAUGUGAUGGGCGGAAAAGCUCCCACAUUUUUAGAUGUACAGAUUGACGCGAGCUACGAGAAUCGUGUGAUGGUAGCAGCCACCUAUGACAUCUGCUACUGCGAUGAAAACUGCCUCAACAGUGCGUACUGGUUCAAGGCUGGCACCCUGGACGUUGAGCCCGUCGACAGCCAUUUCACUAUUGACUACACAACAGGCUCUUAUGGUGAGCUGCCAGCCAUCGUAAACACAGGGCGAUUGCUGGUCAUUCUUGGAAAAGGCACGGAUGCAUCUCCAGUACAGGGCAGCUGGACUGGCGGCACCGAUGCGAAGACGAGGGAGAUGAAAUUCUUGAGAGAUGAUGACGGGAAUGUGGACAAGGAGUCUUGCCUGAAUACCGAGCAGCCUUUGGGUAUCUCUGGGCACCGCUUGAUUAGUGGCAACACGGAUUACACGCAGCCGCAGACCAUCCUAGAGGCGCAAGAUCCUGGUCGCCCUCGUGGGCAGCUGUAUGGGUUGGUAUGCAAUACGGCGGACCCUCCAGUGUGUGCGGCCAACAUCCGCAUUUCAACGCCUGGGUGGUACGCAGUUUGCUACUGUGACUCUAAUUGCAACGAAGUCAGCAACUGGGCCGUGUUCGGUCGUGAACUGGUUGCCGGACCUCUUGCAAGGCAGACGUGGACGAGGUAUACGGGCGUGACCUUCAGCAUCGAUGUGGAGGGAUACGACCUGCAGGACACGAACCGGGCCUUGAUUCUGAGUACCUCCCAGCAGCCGCAAGACUGCGGGAACGUGGCGCCAACUGCAAAUGCUAACGGCCCCGUGGGGCAAGCGACCCUCCACACUCGCGAAACCACCAACUCCAAGCUGACAACGAUGGCUUGGUCUGACAUGGGCACGGAGAUCUCCUUUGACAGGAGCCAUGGUCUGAAGGAUGGUGACCGCGUUCGUUUGUCAGGUGUGAAUCCAGACCCCACGGACACCAGCCUCGCUGCUCGAAAUUUGGCGCUCAAGCGCGCAGACAUGUACAACACAGUGCACGAGGUGUUCGUGUCUUGUGAUGAUGACGUGGCAGAGUGCUGGAAGAUACUGGUUCCGGUCAGAUUCGCUGCUGCUGAAUUUCCCAACAUUCCCAAUGUCCCGAGCGUUGCGUGGUCACGCACGUCGAAGGAGACGUUCACAAAGAUCAAGGUAGCAGACGGUGCCCAGUCACCUGAGGGAAGGGGCUAUGUUGUGUGUUGGUGUGACGACUGCGGCCUAGCAGCCACUGCCUUCACAAGCUACGUGGGGAUCAGUCCCCUGGCCAAACGGCUCCUGGAAGUCCGGACUGGAGACGUGGCACACUAUGCAACUGCAACUGGCACACGCCUUACAGGAAAGGUGAAGACGUCCUGCCAGUUCACGCGCUCCUUUGACAACAGUCUCUGGCUAUUCUCGCGAGCAUGGCAACCUCGUGACAAGUCCCUGACGUGGGCAACAUUAAUGAUUGUGCACGGCACAGUGGACCACUCAGGGGUGUAUGCAGAGUUGGGGCAAAGCUUAGCCAUGCAGGGGGUGGCUGUAUUUGCCUCUGAUAUGCGUGGUUGGGGACGCAGUGAUGGUGAGCCGCUCUAUGUGGACAGCGUCACUACCUUCAUGGGUGACAUAUUGUCCGAUUACCAGCGUAUUCACGGAUCUGGUUCUCCAUAUGACCAUGUCUCAUCGCGUUUCCUUCUGGGCAAGAGUAUCGGUGGUCUUUUUGCUGCAUGGACAGCUGCAGAGCACCACAACUGGACUGGUUUCAUUGGCUUGUCUGGGGCGUUCCAGAUUGAUCCCGCUGUGAAGCCAUCCGCUAUUGCAAGGAUGCUGGUCAAGGCCAUCGCCACCUGUGCACCAAAGCUGGGCCUCAAGCCCCCGUUCGAUCCAAAGCUCAUUGUGAAUGAUGCGCAGGCCCUGAAGACCUGGGAGCAGGAUCCUUUGGUUGGGGGCCGACUAAGGCUAACGCCAGGCUACAUCUUGGAACUACUCAGACUUCAAGAAGCUCUCCCAGCCCGGCUUGGCGAUCUCGCAAUGCCAGUGCUCAUGCUUUGGGGCACUGGAGACAAGGUUGUAACAGAAGCUGGUCACAUGUUGGUGGUGCGGGCAUCAAAGUCUGCCUUGUCUGAAUUCUUGCAAUACCCCAAUGGGUUUCACAAUCUUCUAGCAGAGCCCAAGCUGAAAGACAGCGUCAUGCGUGACAUUUGCGCAUGGCCUGUGAUGUGUGGCUUUCUGGACUAUCUGCCCUUGGUACCGUCUGCGGACAUCGACGAGCCAUUGGAGGCUCGUCAAGACUUCUGCGGAAAGAUCUUUGUCGAACUGUGGUCAGAGGACCCUGACGGUUUCCCAAUGCCAGAUGGGUGCUACUACAGCGAGGACGACACAGAUCCGACCAUGAUUGUGAAGCAGCUACACAUCCUCUUCAGUGCACGAAAUCAUCUUAAGAAGAACACAAGGUACAUGGCCGUGACCAACAUGAACGUCCUUGGGGAGUUGAGAUUUGAUUUCCCAGCAGAUGGAGCAGUCUGGGUCUGGUCAAUGGAUGAUGCAUUCAACAAUCCGUUUGGCGUCAUUGAGAAGGGUGCUGCUUACCCUGCACCUGAGACACGGGUGCCGCCGCGAGACACGCUUGGCGCGGAGCAAUUCAGCCAGGUGGGUGACCCUCGAUUCCAUGAUGAGGGUGCCAUUCCUCGGGGAUUCAGACUGCUUGGCACAAAUGGGGCCCUCGUUGAGGAGAUGCUGACUUUCUGCAUCCCGCAUGAUGAGCAGGGGAAGAAUCCCAGCGUGUCACCAACAGUAGACAACGCCUGCAAAGUCUGCUUCAGCGAAGAGGAGUGUGGAAAUGGCGGCAAUGGUGUGCCGCCUGAUCCGGCAUUGAGUUUCUGCAGAUCACCUAUUGACCUGAAGUGCCCACAAGCAAAUGGCAAUUUGCUCAACGUGCGGGCCUUUGCCUUUGAACUUCGGGCGAAGCUCGGCUACCCAAUCAAGCCGCAGUCAGUGCUGCGUCUGUGGCUUCAUCCACUGACGCAGUGGAACAUCGGCCCGUCCUGCCAGGUGGGCUUCUAUGCUGGCGGUUGCACACCACCAGCCGUUGGUGGUGUCUGCUCCAGUCCUAUUUGCCAGCCAGAAUCCGUCGUUGGUGGAACGGUUGUGGGCAUUGCUUCGUGGCCCAUCAACACGCUGAAGAUUAUCUUGCCGAACAUCAUGGCGGAUGUCACAGAUACAAGCUUGCUGGCCAUGGAGAUUGGAAACUUGCCCCUACCAGCUGGUGGCUUUUUUCCGUCUGUUGUUACAGCUGAGAUAACGAAGGAUGAUGGUUUCGCGCCGGAUUAUUGGGAUAUCCCGAAGGCGCUUGCAGUUGCAACAGUCGAUGGCGGAGGUGCGCGCCUCUAUAAAAAGCCCCAGAUUCUGGCAGCAUCACUCGUGUCAAGGGUUGGAGAUGGCAACCAGGCGCCAUUCAAAGGCGACACUGGCAACAGGAUUUACGCUCGGAUCGCUUUCGGGACGACGUUCCAUGGCUUUGGAAACUUGGUGGAGAUCCAGUUCAAGCUUCCAGUCGGCUAUUCAUGUGCAAUGACCCAGCAAGGUGGUAGCGUUCCGGAUCUGGGGCUCUUGGCAAACUUGUUCCCAUCGACCAAGGGCCGGCUGGGUGGUAAGCUCACCGAAGUGAGAUACCGUAACAUUCCCGCGACGCCGGAUGUGAUGUGCCAACUCACAUUGCUACAGGACAUGAUCGUCUAUGCCAGAACUGUAUACUUCGUGGAGUUGAUCGUUGACAAUCCAAGUACAGCUCUCAAACGAGAUGACCCGCUGAACACGUGGUCUUUGGGAGUUGUGCACAAUGGAUAUACUCCCUCGCAAACAAUCCAGGAUAAACAACUUUCAACCCAGCAACUGUCCUUUUGCCCGGCACCGCGGCAAACACUUCUUUGCUUGGAAGAGCUUGGUAGCGACUACGCGGGCUCGCUGUCUGUCCUUGGCAAGCUGAGCGACUUUUUCAUUGCGCCAUCUCAGUACGGUGUUGGACAAAUGAACACCCUCUCCGUCUUCUUCAUGACAGAACAGGAGGUGGGAUCUUUGACCAGUGUUGAGACCGAAAUUUGGGUUGAUUCACCCUCCGGGUUUGAUUUCGGCCAGUAUUGCUCAGCCUCGGCCCUCGAUGCCAUCUAUUACAUUCCUGAAGGUCGCGGGACUUCGCCACUUCCAACGGGAGACUUGAUUCCUUGUGUCGGCGCGCCAACUUCGGACUCCGAGCUGACCUUCAAUAGGGCCAAGCUCUCGACAACGGGUCGAUUGUUGAGGCAGACAUUCUACGGCUUCCAAGUCCAGGUCAAAAAUGCAGCCAUCUACGUCCGAACCCAGCUCAACGAAUGGCGUCUGUGGACCUAUGUGAAAACAACUGGGUUUGGAGUUGAUGGUACCUAUGAGACAGCCCGGGUGAAUGAGCGCGUCCCGGUGGGGCCAGACACCAGCUGGGGAAUGUACUUGCAGAGCAUGCCAGCUGCGAACUUCCAAGUCGCCUUUUCCUCCCGGCGGCCCACUGUGUCAGGGGUUGAGCCAGCUGACAUCACAGUGCUUCCCAUAAUCACGUCAUUCCCCACCACUCGGGCUAUCCGCGUGACUGCGCCAGCAGGCUACGAGUGGGAUUUCGAGCAGGGCGCGGAGGUUGCGCAUCUCACGGGCUGGCUGCAGAUGUUCAUCUUCCUGUCUUUGUCAGGCUGA